CCCUCAGCCUCCUCAAGUAAAAUGUACAGACACUGCAAGACGAUAACGAGCACUCUUGGACAUUCACGGCGCUCUCUAUGUCAGCCAUCAUAUAUUUCACUUCCACGCCUGGCUUCAGCACCUCGCAUUCACCUCCAGCACCGUUUCGCUUCCACUCAUGAGCAAGGCACUGAGCGACCAGACCUCCCCAAGACUCCGCGUCAGGGCGGACUCAAAGUAUCCACUCUUUUUACAGGUCUGAUGGUCCUUGGCAUUGGCGCCCUGACAUAUGGGAUAUAUGACUUCUAUGCAGGUCUCAAUGCUACACUCGGCAGGAUCCCCAAAGAAAUUCGCGACGACGUCUACGCAGGCGCGUUUGCAAAGACUAAAGGCGACCUAGGCGUUGCCGAACGCUACCUCAGCCGUGCCUUCGAGACCGCCCUCACCCUUCCCCCGUCCGCCUUUGGCGACAGACCCUACCUCCACUUCUGUGGCAUCGCCGCCUCCCUCGCCUCCGUCCAAGCCAUGCAAGGCGGUGCCGCCGCCCGACGCGCCAAACGCACGUGCGAGCGCACCUGGGCCGUCCUCGAGCCCGCCGACAGCCCAAACGCCACCGCCACCGCCACUACUGACGGGUCCACCGUGAUAGCAGACCCCACCAGCGAUGCGAACAAGAUCGCACCCGAAUGGCGGACGUACGCUGCGAGCGACGCGGAGCGCAUGAAGCGCGUCGCGAUCGCGUGCAUGGUCGCCGAGCUCGUAGGCGAGCGCGCCGCGGGGAGCGAGGAGGAGAAGGAGGAGGAGCGAUGGCUGACGUGGGCGGUCGAGGAGACGCUGAGAGUGUGCAACGCGCUCGAUCCCGACUCGACUGUCGCCGCUGCCGCCGCGUCACCUGUGCCUGCGGGGCAGAGUCCAGCGACGGAGGUCCCCGCGUCGCUCAACGUGACGAUGAAGCACGACCCGGACCUGACGGCGCUCUUCCCGAUGAGCGAUUUCGCAGCGCCGUUCGAGGCGCUCGGCUCGUACUACGCCCGCAGUGGCAACGUCCAAUACGCAUUCUCCCUAUACCACCACGCCCUCGCCCUCCUCCUCCCCUCCACCGCCUCUGCCCCCGCCCCGCGCAUCUUCACAGACGUCCAGCGCACCCCCGCCGACACAUGCAACGCCGCACAGAUCCUGAACAACAUCUCCGAGCUCGUCAUGCGCCAACACCCGCCGUCCCCAGAGGUGCGCGCCAUGGCCGAAAAAUGGGCGCGCAGCGCACACACCGUCGUCGAGCGCGGGCUGCACGCGCGCGGGAAGCCCGGGCCGCUCGUCACGUCUGGGUUUGUGCAAUACGGCGGAGGGGGCGGAGGGGAGGAGGAGGAGAUGGAUAUGACGUGCGAGAGCGUGUUUGGCGUUGUGUUGUUCAAUCUGGCGACGAUGCGGGAGAUGGACGGCGACAAGAACGAAGCUCGCGGGUUCUACACGCGGAGCAUCGAGCAGUGCAACGCCGCUGGGAUGGACGAAGGCGUGUUCAAAGGCCAAGAAGCUCUACGGAAGCUAGGACGGAGCUCGGUCAAGCCAGACAAGAAAUAGUACUCUGCUUUCGUGACAUAGCAUCAACCUGUACUUUACCACCCACCUACUAGACACCUCCCACUAGACGACCACUCAAACUAACGC